AUACUGGGGGGUGAAACUGAAGAGCAAUGAUGGACUGUUUCUCCAUCCAAACAGAGGUGUGGCUCAGCCGUUUCCAUGGCAGCGGGGGCGGACAACGUGGUCGACGUUCCGGUCAAGCAAAAAGAGGCGUGGCCAGAGAAUGAUCCCGCCCGCCACUCGUCCUCCCCCGACGAGAAACCAGCCGCCACUCCUCCCUCUAAACCAAUCAGGACGAAGCAAAGGCCUCCAUCCCCGGUAGCCCCGCCCCCUCUGGUCCCGCCCCCACAGCACGGUAUCCAAGGCACGCUGAGACACCCCGACUUCCAGCACAACGGUGAGCUGGGUGUGAGGUUCAGGGAGCUGCAGUGUUCAGGUGGAGGCUGCGGCUCUGAUGAAGACGACCGGCUCUCGGUGAUGUCGUGGCGUUCGGCUGCUUCCUGCUCCAUGGCGUCCGCCGUGCUGGAGCGCGCUCAGAAGAGACGAGAGAACUUCUGGGGGAAGAGAUGACCCCCCGACCCCGCCCACGCCACUGCUGUUGCUAUGGAAACCAGCGUGUUGUUUGUUUUUAGUGGAUGAAUCAUUGCUGUACGACGAUUAGUGACAAUAAUGUAUUUUUAUAGAUUCAUUUAAAUAGUCGUAUUUUUAUAGGUGCUGAUAAUGAAAUCGUUUGUUUUUACAGUUUUGUAAUUAGAUGCUUUUAUAAAUGUAGUAAUUAUGGAAUGUCAUUUAAUUAUGUGUAUUUAAUGUCGCUGAGAUAAAAAAAAGGGACAAAAAUAAACCGAA